CUUGAAUUGCGAAAGCUGAGACGGGAAUUUCCAGAUUUACUUCUAUGAGAGCUUGAUAAUUAUUCAACGUUUGUCUGCCUCAUUUAUUUUUGUGUGUGUAUAUUUUCUUUAUAUAUACCUAACCUACCUACCUUACCUGAUUUGAUAAUCUUCUGCUCCCGUUGCUCAAGAAUUAAGACAGAAAUGGCGACCAACAUAACCUGGCAUCCCUCCCUCUCGCGCCGCGAGCGCAUCGCCCUCCGCGGCCAGCGCGGCUUCACGCUGUGGUUCACCGGGCUCAGCGCCUCUGGCAAAUCGACCGUCGCCACCGCGCUCGAGCAACACCUGCUGCACCUUGACAUCGCGGCGUACCGCCUCGACGGGGACAACGUGCGGUUUGGGCUGAACAAGAACCUCGGCUUCAGCGACGCGGACCGCCAGGAGAACAUCCGCCGCAUCGGCGAGGUCGCCAAGCUCUUCGCCGACAGCGCCCAGGUCGCCAUCACCUCCUUCAUCUCGCCGUUCCGCGCCGACCGCCAGCUCGCGCGCGACCUGCACGCGGCUGCUGCCGCCGCCGACGGCGACGUCCCGAUCCCCUUCGUCGAGGUCUACGUCGACGUGCCGAUCGAGGUUGCCGAGCAGCGCGAUCCCAAGGGCUUGUAUAAGAAGGCGCGCGCCGGCGAGAUCAAGGAGUUUACGGGGAUUAGCAGCCCUUACGAAGCCCCUGAGAACCCCGAGAUUACCAUCCGUACGCAUGAGAACUCUGUCGAGGAGUGUGUGGCGCAGAUCGUGAAGUGGCUUGAGGAGAAGGAUUUGAUUCCUACCAAGGCUGCUACGGCUACGGCUACGGCUGCUGAUGCCGCGGGAAAUUCUGGCGUUGCUGCUCUGGCUUCGUGAGAGGUGCUGGUUAAUAGAAAAUAGGUGAAGGGGGGUGUUUAAUCUAAAGUUGGCAUGGGUGUGAGCUACAAUUUAUCACGAAGUGAGAAGCAAAAUCGCUAUUUAGAAGCGAGGUGAAACACGUAGAGUCGAGCAAUGGAUAUCAAUCC